CUUUCAGUCUUUGGAAGUUUGAUUCCAAUUCGCAUUUCACUUCCAUCUCACAGCAUUCUCACGACCUUUACUUAAGGCUACGACAGCACCAACUCAAAUCGAUCUUUGGUUGAGUUAUAUCAACAAGCUUGUUCAUUUUCAAAGAACGAUACCUAUCGGGAAACUUCCACAACCAUGGUUCGCCUUAAAGAUCGCUAUCUGUUGGUCAACAUUGUCUACACAGAUCUCCCCACUGGACAAAAGGGCCCCGUACCCGAUCUGUUACUUUAUAACCAACCCACCAUCGGGGAACUCAGGCCCCAAACCAUCCUGAAGGGCAUUCGCAGUCAGGUGAAUGCGUUAUUUGGUGAUUGCGGGUCAGGCUCAGUCGAGCGCAGCCUACAAGUCAAGUACCUUUCUACUGCGACCUCAACCUUCAUUCUGCGUAUCUCACGAGCCCAUUACAGGCUUGUUUGGGCCGCCUUGACUUUUAUGGACCGCCUCCCAGUCAAGGACGGCAGACCGUGCGUCUUCCGCGUCGUCAGAGUUAGCGGCACCAUCCGCAAAGUCGAAGAAGAAGCCAUCCGCCGUGCCAAGCUUCUUGUCCUUGCCGCAAAGGACGAGAUGGCUGGCAAGGCAUCAUCAGACGCCCUCAAUGCUCUCUUCCGCGGCGACAAAGAUUCAGUUCGCAAUCUGGCCUUGGUCAAUGAUGACCAUGAUGACGCAGAGAUGGAUGAGGGUGAGGUCUCUGAUGGAUGAAUAGCCAUGC